AUGAACAACGAGGACUACGGCUACGACUACGACUAUCUGUUCAAAAUCGUGCUGAUCGGAGACUCUGGGGUUGGGAAAUCGAACCUGCUGUCCAGGUUUACGAGCAACGAGUUCAACAUGGAGUCCAAGUCGACGAUCGGGGUCGAAUUCGCGACGCGGACCAUCGAGGUCGAAAACAAGAAAAUCAAGGCGCAGAUCUGGGACACGGCGGGCCAGGAACGGUACCGGGCCAUCACUUCUGCAUAUUAUCGGGGCGCAGUAGGCGCGUUGAUCGUAUACGACAUCAGCAAGUCGAGCAGCUACGAAAAUUGCAAUCACUGGCUCAUGGAGCUGCGCGAAAACGCGGACGAAAACGUCGCUGUGGGGCUAAUCGGGAACAAAUCGGAUUUGGCACAUCUGCGCGCGGUGCCCACGGACGAGGCCAAGAACUUUGCGCAAGAAAACCAGCUGCUGUUCACAGAGACCAGUGCGUUGAACAGCGAAAACGUCGACCAGGCGUUCCGCGAACUCAUUUCCGCCAUUUACCAAAUGGUCAGCAAACACCAGGUGGAUCUCAACGAAUACGGAUCCAGCUCGGGGCAGGCGCCCAAGGGUCCUACCAUCAGUUUAACGCCAGCUCCGCACGAAAAGGCCAAGAAGGGCAACAACUGCUGUUGA